AUGGCGUCCGUAUCUACGUGGGCCACGUUCGGCAAGAACACUGACCUUGAUGUUCCGGACCCGAGGAUCUCAGCGCCCCCGUCCGCCUGGCACAAUAACCUUGGGAGCACGGAGUCCGUGGAGUUACGGCGUUCGUCUAGCAGCAAGAGAUAUUCGCAGUCCAAGAACGGGUCUUCCACUUCCCUGCAUCGUACCAAUGAUCCGUCUCGGACGCCCUCCGACAUACGACCUUCCGCCUCGGGGCUGUCGACCCCAUCUACGAAACGUAACGAUCGUCACGACUUUAAUGAUCACGCUCAUCGGCACGAACCUGCAUUCGAUAAUAAUCACCACUUGCAUAUAUCUCGCUCCUCGCAUUCUCGUUCUCGCUCUGACUCUCGGCCGCGCUCUGGUUCCCGUUCCCAUUCAACACGCUCUCGGUCGCAAUCUUUAUACCAUUCGGCACCCAUCACACCGCCGGACCCUGCCUUUGCAUCUCCGUAUACCUUUGGCGCACCUUCACCUCCGGCUGGAAACACGUCUCGGUUUGAGUCGGUGUCCCCACCGCCACUUCCACCUUUGCAACAUCCCGAAUUACUCUCAGCUUUGUCCUCGCGUUCGCGGCUCGAUGUUUCCAAUGUUUUCAGCACGACGUUGCAUGCGAGUACGUACCCUCGUAGGCGCCGUGGCAAGACGAUGAGCGAUGCUGCCCCGAUGGCCAACAGGAUCUUCCGCAUCUCCUCCACGGACAGAUUGCGGCGCGGCUCUGUUAGGCACCUGCCAGCCUCGCCGCGGAGACGCGCCAGUGCUGAAUGGAGUGCAGCGCAGGCCACAGCGGGUGUCACAGCCCUUCUCCCCUCUGACUUUGGCUGGCCUGCUGAAGUCGCCCACCGCUUGGUGCAGUUGGAGACCAAGGAGACGAGGGAGACCGCCACAACCGGGCGCCUACGCAACGAAGCCGAGCCUCGUGGUACCCAGGCGGAUGGGCGCGAUACGCCCGCAUGUUCUCCUCCAUCUCGCCUUAUACCCACUUCUCCUAGUCCCAUUUCCCUUCAGUCGCCAUCCGCGCAGGAAGCGGCCGAGGGUCUCGGCAGUCACGACUCCUUGCAUUCUAUGGAUACCCCGCACUCGAUUAGGUCGCAGCAUCCCAGCGAGCAUGAUAGCAAGCUGCCGAGAAACGGAUCCGCGACAGACACGCUGAAGCGGUCAACCAGUGCUUCUGUUCGCGACUCAGUGGGCACCGGGCGCAGCAAACGUGCCUCUCAUAGAAGUAACCCGUCACCUGUCGCUUCCUCUUCACGACCUCUUGAGCCCAGCGAUUCUUCCUCUUCAUCUUCCGCGGCUCUUGCUACUCCCCCGCCACCGUUCAAAACCAAGUCCGCCCUGCGCACUCCGCGCUCCGGGAGCGAGCCCGCUCUCAACUCUGUUCCAGAGACGCCCACUAACUCGAAGGGCAAGCGGAAAGCAGAGGAGCUCGAUACCACACCGCCAGACCAAAAGACGGCGCACCAUGCGACGUUUGUGAUACCUCCAGAGGCUCGCCGCUCCCAUCGCAGCUCUGAGGUAUCCGGCGCGCCCUCCUCGUACCACCGAAAACGUGCGCGUCUAUCAGCCUCGACGCCGCAAAGCUCGCCCGCACACUCGCGCCCGGCUUCCUCGCAACAGCCUUCGCCCGAACAGAACGCGUCGUGGUCGCGCCGGUCAGCCCAGACCCACCUCCUCCGCUCGGGCUCGCGCGCGUCCCACACACAGUCAACGAUGUCGGCGCGACGCGCAGAGUCGGGCGGCCGGCGCAGCAUCGACGCGUCGGAGCGGUCCAUCCCCAUCAGUGCGCUGAUCACGCCGCACGCACCGUCCGUCGCGCGCUCGAGCACGUACCACAUGCGCGACCCACGGAGGCUGCCGAGGAUACACCCCACGGAGUGGACACUGCACCUGCGCUCGGAGGACGAGGACGCGUCGCCGUUGCACGCAUGGUGCUUCUUCGUGGGCUUCGUCUUGUUCCCGAUAUGGUGGCUCGCUUCCUUCUGGCCUAUCCCGAAGACGCGGCGCGUCGGCGACACUGACAUGGAGAAGGCGGUUACGCUGGACGACCCGCAGGUUGAACAUGAUGCCAGGACGUGGCGCAAUAGGUGCCGCGUCAUGUCUGGGAUCUCCUUCCUCACGUAUAUACCUUUCAUUGUCCUCGUAGCCAUCUUCGUCCCGCGUCAUGUUUGACGACGCUGCCGCCCCGUUGUGGUCCCGCUCCUCUCGCCCGCCUGUCAUCAACAUAGAAUGCCACCUGCGCUGUAUCACCUCCUGUCGCUCUUUCUGUUGUCACACUCGUUGUCCUGGUUGCCCUGGGUUGGUGUAUCCUGCACUUGGACUCGGACCCGCCGCGAAAUACCUAGCCGAACGCAAGUAAUACGUUGUUGUAAUACCGUACACCCGCACUUCCCA